AACAGUUAUUUGUUACUCCACAAUGGCGGUUGUUGGUAGGACACAUGUGCACGCUCUGGCAGAUAUAGAUGAUGCAGGGUCUUCUUUGGAGGACACAAAUGAGCUGAUGAGCUCAGAAGAAGGGAGCGACAUUCAAACGUCAGCUAACGGAGAAGAUGAUGGAGGGACUAACGGGGAGGAUGAGGAUGGUGUUCAGGGCAAUGCUAAUGCUGGCUGGGCUCAGGCCAUGGCAAAAAUUUUGGGGAAACAAACUCCCAUGAAAAAACCCACCAUUUUGGCAAAGAACACAGAAAUCGACAACGUGAAGGCGAAAGAAAGACAGGAGCAGUUGGAGAGAAGGAACCAGAUUGACAAAAAGCGGAAGUGGGAGAUGAUGUGUAGAGAGAAACCUAACCUUGUGACGGACCGUGAAGCUGAAAGGGCUCUGCAGAGAAUUGCAACCAGAGGAGUCGUGCAGCUAUUUAAUGCUGUGAGGAGUCACCAGAAGAAUGUAGAUGACAAAGUGAAGAAAGAGGCUGGUGGCUCAGAGAGGAAGAAGGCAAAAAUACUUUCCUCCAUUUCUAAAAAAGAUUUCAUCGAUGUACUAAGGAAAACAGAAGGUGGCAGCAGCAUCACAGUCAAGGAAGAAAAAAAUUCUGCUCCUGAUGUGGAGGAGAAACCUGCAUGGAGUGUCCUCAGAGACGACUACAUGAUGGGAGCCACGAUGAAAGAUUGGGACAAACACAGCGAUGAGGAGGCGGCACACGCAGGAAGAGGUUCAGAUGAAAAUGACUCCGACUGACACCAUUCUCAUACAGACUCAAGCGACUUUGUUACCUGUAAAUACACACUAUGCAGUACAGCCAGGUGACUGUGAUGUCGUUGAACUGCAGGGGGCAGACUUGGUUCAGUCAAUGCAAAUAAUAGGGAGAUCUUUAUCAGAGUGAGGCCUGAUCUAAAAGGAUGGAGAACAACUAAAAUGUUGACCCUAACUAAUGUGGGAUAUGCAGGAAAUAAAAUAUGUAGAAAGAAGAUGGAAAGUGCAAGUCCAAAUGCAUGCAUUCUAUCAGUGCUUCGGUUUGGGGCCAUGUGUACAAAUUAUUUUUAUGUUAUGUAAUCUCUGUAAAUAUCACUGUUUCAUACAGUGUGGGUAUAGUAAAGUGCUGUGUUUUGCCUGUUUGUGACCACAA